AUGUCUCAAAUCCACUUUGUGCACGAAACCAAGCCCGGGUCUUCGUUGGGCCACCCCCAAGUACGUGCAUUACGUUCACACGUCCGCAAGAUCAAUUUGGAGAGGUCACACCAACAGAGCACCCAACGCCUGGAGAAUUUUCGGUCCUUGACGGUCACCGAUUUUCACAGUGAUAGAAAGAUAAGAAGCGGGAGACGAAAAUCCUCCCUGCAGUCGGAUCCGCUUCAGUCUUUUACCACUGAAUCUGGGAGCUCAUCAUCAGGCCUCCACCGCAACGACUCUCAACGAUCCUCUGACCGCCCACAAAACUCUGAUGCUCCCACAAGAGCAUUCGAAUCCCUCCUGUCAAGCGAUAGUGACAUCUUGCCCAAAAGGUGUUGCGUCAGCCAUUCAGCAUCGCUAAAGCCUCCGCUUCUCAGCUCAGGACAACCUCCACGUGAUGGCGACUCUUGUGGCCAGGAAGGUCAGCAUCCAUACGCUUCACAGAUCUCCGUCCGUACCCAGAUUGACCCAGUAUGGAUUGACCAUCUUCUGAAGAGUUGCGCAUUUCAAGUGGCGGCGGAGCCUCUCUUUGUUGCGAACCAUUUUAACAAGGAUUUGACAACUCUUUCCGUUUUUCCUGGAUGCCUAGAAAAUUCGGCGUUUUUAUAUGCUUUCCUCUAUUCCCUCCUUCGCCUGCGUAAUGGCGGCCGCUCAACAAGCGAAUCUCUCAAGUUCAAAGGCAGAGCGAUCCGAUUGUUGCAAGAAGACCUGGAGAAGGAUGACCCUACACUCCGAGCUUUGUCCAUUGGGACCAUCCUUAUUCUUUGCGGCAUCGCACAUCGAGCUGGCGACACUGCCGAGCAUAGCACUCACGCUAAGGGUCUUUCUAAGUUGCUGCAACUUUGUCGAGCACGGGGUCUUCCCUUACGUUCUGAAGUUCUUCGUGCAAUUUUCUGGCAACAUUUGUUAGGAGCUGCCCUUGUCGGCGAUCGACAACGAUUUUAUCAGCACGAUUUCUCAGCUAUUUUCAGGCAAACCGCAGGGUUCCUAUCUGAGUCCAGCCAAGGGCUCCCAGUCGGAUUCACCUGUCAUCGCCAAGUCAUCAGCGAGGAUAUUAUUUCCUGCAUUUGUGAAAUCGUCCAUUUGCAGACCCUCAUCGCCGCCGAGACAGUCGAUCAGACAACAGUGAAUGAUCUACAAACAUCGAUCGAAUCUCGUCUCAUUUUCCCUGAAAGCCCCCAACAAGAGCCUGGACCAAUUGCAGAGUGCUGUCGAAUCUCAGUGUACAUCGUCUGUUACAUGUCUUCGACAUCAACUUGGAAUUCGUCUUUCGUUCCAUUGAGAUUGGCAGAAAAGCUGUUGGUCAUGCUUGAUGAGUCAAGCAAUGGCGACCUGUGGGUUUCACGACGAGACUUAUUGCUUUGGUUGCUUCUCGUGGGGGUUUCCGUUUCCAGAGGACAGAACUGUUUUGCAGCUGCACUUACGUCUCAGUACCAGCGCCUACUUACUCGCACGGCACAGGAGGCAAAAUGCUGGGUGGACGUGCAGCACAGCGAUAUCCUUCUGCAAGCAGUGACAGAGGGCUUUAUCUAUGCCCAGCACUGGGUUGCGGAGAGACACACUGUACCGGAGUGGGUGCAACUCGAGAAGGUGCUUGCCCAAGGUAACUCAGAUGAGCACCGGGAGAAGGCCGGGGGCCGCGGGUAA